AUGGUCAUUGACCUGACUGCUGUCAUUCCCUAUGGGGGCAGAGAACGGCAUAGAGUUGGCUUUGGUGUGGAUCACUACUUCAUGAAGCUCUCUUUCUAGCCUUCGUGAGUGAAUUUGGAAGCAAUGUGGACCUGGGUUCUGUGGAUGUUCCCUUUACUCUGCAAAUUGAGCCUGGCAGCUCUACCAGCUAAGCCUGAGAAUAUUUCCUGUGUCUUAUACUAUGAUAAAAAUAUGACUUGUACCUGGAGUCCAGAGGAGGAGAGCAGUUCUACCACAUACACUGUCAAGCUUACAUACUCUUAUGGGAAAUACAGUGAGCUUUGUGAAGCCAAUAGCACUACAGGUGCUUCAUGCUAUUUUUCGUGGGUAAUACUCCCAGAUAACUGCAGCAUUGAAGUGGAAGCUCGAAAUACAGAUGGUGUCAUUAAGUCUGAUACUACGUAUUGGUACUUAGAUGACAUAGUGAAAACUGAAGCACCUGAGAUUUUAAGUGUGAAGCCAGUUUUGGGCAUCAAACGAGUGGUUCAGAUACAAUGGAAAAUACAUGAAAUGUUUCCUCCUGAUAUGAGAUAUUUAGACUAUAUGCUUCGAUACAGGACCAUCAAUAGUACUCAUUGGGUAGAAAUCAACUUUGAGAGCAAUUAUCAGGCCUAUAACCUCACAGAGCUGCAAGCUUCCACAGAAUAUGUCACAGCUCUGAGAUUUACGACCAUGACUUCACAAUUUUGGAGUGACUGGAGCCAAGAAAAAGUGGGAAUGACUGAGGAGGAAGCCCCACACGGUCUGACUCUGUGGCGAAUCCUGAGACCAGCUAAUGUGGAUGGAAGGAGGACUGUGCAGCUGCUGUGGAAGAAGGCAAGAGGAGCCCCAGUUCUGGAAAAAAUACUUGGCUACAAUAUAUGGUACUUUCCAGGAAACAAUAGUCAUCACAAUAAAACAAGGACUACUACUAAUCAACAGCUUGAUCUUCAUCUGAGCAAUGAGACCUAUUGGGUGUUCGUGACUGCUUAUAAUUCUCUUGGGGAGUCUCCGGGGGCCAUUCUGAGGAUUUCUGCUAUUCAAGAGAAGCCAUUUCAAUGCAUUAAAGUCGUGCAGGCCUGCUUUAUUCAAGAUCAGCUAGUGGUGACGUGGGAAAGCACUGUUCCAGAAGUGAACAAAUGGAUAGUUGAGUGGUUCCCAGACUCAAACUCAGAGCUGUCUACUUUUUUCUGGGAAUCUGUGUCUCAAGCCAAAAACUGGACAAUUGAGCAAGAUAAACUAAAACCUUUCCAGUGCUAUAACAUCUCUGUUUAUCCAAUACUGCAAGAUCAAGUGGGAGAGCCGUAUUCCAUCCAGGCUUAUAGUGGAGAAAAGAUUCCAUCAGCAGGUCCUGUGACCAAGGUGGAGAACAUUGGUGUGAAGACAGCCAUGAUCACUUGGAAAGAGAUUCCUAAGAGCCAGAGAAAUGGUUUUAUUAGGAACUAUACCAUAUUUUACCGAGCUGAAGGUGGAAAAGAAUUCUCUAAGACAGUGCAUUCUAGCAUCCUGUGGUAUGACCUGGCAUUUCUGACACGGAAGACCUCUUACACUGUUUGGAUCAUGGCUAGCACCAGUGCUGGGGGGUUCAAUGGGACUGAAAUAAACUUCAGGACAUUGUCAAUCAGUAUCUUUGAGAUUAUCCUCGUAACUUCUCUGGUUGGAGGAGGCCUUCUUAUGCUCAUCGUCCUGACCGUGACCUCUAAUCUCAAAAAACCAAACAGGUUGACUCACCUGUGUUGUCCCCAUGUCCCCAAUCCUGCCGAAAGCAGUCUAGCCUCAUGGCAUGGAGAUCAUCUCAAGAAUAAGCUAAAUCUGAAGGAGUUUGAUGACGCUGUAAACACAGAAGAAGGCCAGAUCCUGAAAUCAUGUUCUGCCCCCACCGACCUCAUUGACAAGUUAGUGGUGAACUUUGAGAAUUUUUUGGAAGAGAUUUCUACAGAGGAAGCUGGAAAGGGUCAGAAAAACAUUUUGGGAGGAGAAACAAAUGAGUAUGUAGCCUCUCCUUACAGGCCUGCCUGUGCCCCAGGGGAAAGUUUUGAGGAGCCUCUGACUUUAACUGAGAUUCCUCCCAGAGAACCACAGGACACAAAAGAGACCUGCUCUGAAGCCAUGGAGCAACUUUAUUAUUCUGAUCCAAGUUUAGGAUCAAACCAUUUCAGUGAGGAAGGAACACCAAAUCCGUAUUUGAAAAAUUCCAUGACAACCAGAGAAUUCCUGGUGCAUAAAAACGUUCCAGAACAAAUCAAGGGACACUUCUAA